AGUGCGGGCUGAAGGAUGUUCAAUGAUCCGCCGGUGAUGAUGAUGAUGAUGAUGAAGCUGAUCUGAUCGAUCACACAUGAGCAGAACAUCUGACUGAUCUUCAUCUGCGCUCAUCAUCAUCUUCAGAAUCUUUAGCUCAGUUUGAGUCUGAAUGUGACACGAGCGAUCAGUGGAUUUAUGACAUCUCAUGAGAAAUAAAGCAAAUGUGGAUUUCACUGGAAUUCUUUUAUUCGUUUGGGAAACACGGACACUCGUUUCCGGUGUCUGAUGCUCUUCUCUGAGAUCUGGAUCCAUCAUUUCAGGAUAUUCAGACAGUAAAAGAUGAAGUCGCAGGUUUCUCUGCAGAUUCUGCUGUAUGCAACAGUCAUCAGGAGUCUGAAGGUGUUGUCCAAACGUGGAUCAGUGGAUGGCUGCACGGAUUGGUCUGUGGACUACCUGAAGUAUAAAGUUCUGUUGGGCGAGCCUGUGAGGAUUAAAUGUGCUUUAUUUUAUGGAUAUAUCCGUGCAAAUUACACACACGCUCAGAGUGCUGGACUUAGUUUGAUGUGGUAUAAAAGCACUGGACACGGAGACUUCGAGGAACCCAUUUCAUUUGAUGGCAUCCGCAUGAGUAAAGAGGAAGACUCCAUCUGGUUCAGACCGGCUGAGAUCCACGACGUGGGUCAUUAUUCAUGUGUGUUGAGGAAUUCGACGUACUGUAUGAAAGUGUCGAUGUCUCUCACGGUGGCGGAGAAUGACACGAGUCCCUGUUACAACUCCAAGAUGAGAUACUUUGAGAAAGGCGAGUUGAGUAAAAGCAAAGACAUUCUGUGUCCAGACAUUGACGACUACAUACAGCCGGGAAAAGAGCCAGACAUCACCUGGUACAAGGAAUGCCGGCCGAAACAGUGGAGACAAAGCAUCGUCAGAAAAGCAGAUUUACUCUCCAUUCAAGACGUGCGGGAAGAUGACAUUGGGAAUUACACGUGUGAAUUACAGUUCGGGACUUUUGUGGUGAGGAGAACGACUGAACUCUCCGUCACAGCGCCGUUAACGGACAAACCUCCGAAGAUCCUUUACCCAUCUGAAAAUAGAGUCAGCAUCAUGGAGCUGCAUUUAGGCAGCGCUGUGAAUCUUACCUGUCGAGCGUUCUUCGGCUACAGUGGUGAUGCGAGUCCACUCAUCUACUGGAUGAAGGGAGAGAAGUUUAUCGAGGAUCUGGACGAAAGUCGAAUCAGAGAAAGUGACAUUAAAACGCUUCGAGAACACCUGGGUGAACAGGAGGUUUCUAUCUCACUGAUGAUAGAUGCUGUUGAGGAGACUGACCUGGGAAACUAUUCCUGUUAUGUGGAGAAUGGCCACGGAAGACGGCAGGCCAAUAUACAACUGAGCAAAAGAGUAGAGCUCAUGUAUACAGUGGAGUUAGCUGGUGGUUUGGGAGCGAUUCUGCUGAUGUUGAUAUUUUUGGUGUCGUUGUAUAAAUGUUACAGAAUCGAGCUCAUGCUCUUCUACAGAAAUCACUUCGGCAGUGAGGAUUUGGACACAGAAAAUAAAGACUAUGACGCAUAUGUGUCAUACACUAAAGUUGAUCCAGAUCAGUGGAGUCAGGAGACGAGAGAGGAAGAACAUUUCGCUUUGGAAAUUUUGCCUGAUGUUCUGGAAAAGCAUUAUGGGUAUAAACUCUUCAUUCCUGACAGGGACUUGAUCCCAACUGGAAGUUUCAGCAAUGAUCAUUUCCAGGAUGAUACAAGACUCCUUAGAGCAUACAUUGAGGAUGUCACUCGCUGUGUUGACCAGAGUAAACGUCUCAUCAUCGUUAUGACACCCAAUUACGUGGUGCGACGUGGCUGGAGCAUCUUUGAGCUGGAGACGCGUUUAAGGAACAUGUUGGUUACUGGAGAAAUUAAAGUUAUUCUCAUCGAAUGUGCAGAGCUGCGAGGGAUCAUGAACUAUCAGGAAGUUGAAGCUCUCAAACACACCAUCAAACUUCUGACGGUGAUCAAGUGGCCUGGACCAAAGAGCAGUAAACUAAACUCCAAGUUCUGGAAACAGCUUCAGUAUGAAAUGCCCUUUAAGCAUCCAGAGCCCAAGCUUUCGCAUGAGCAGGUGCUGGAUGUGAGCGAGCAGGGACCCUUCGGCGAGCUGCAGACCGUCUCCGCUAUGUCUAUGGCCGCAGCAACUUCCACCGCCAUGGCGACUGCACACCCAGAGCUGCGCUCUACUUUCCACAACACAUACCACACGCAGCUGCGACAAAAGCAUUACUACAGAAGCUACGAGUACGACAUACCUUCGUCUGGUACCCUCCCACCCCUUUCAUCAAUAGGCAACCAGCACACCUACUGCAACAUCCCAAUGACACUUCUGAACGGACAGCGACCACGGGGGAAAACACCUCGUGAACAGCAGCAGGCAAUAGAAGAGCAACACAUUAAUAAUGCAAUGCUGCCACUGUUGCCCCGAGAAACCAGCAUCUCCAGCGUCAUCUGGUGACAUCAUCAGGAAAGAGACAUUUUUAUUAGUUGAAUGCUAAUAGAACGUAAGACCCUUAAAAUCAAACCAAUGCCUGCUGCUGUUGACAUGCACCAAGAUUCACAGGGAUUUUAAAUAUUAAGGCUAUAACUCUGACACAGUCACCAUGCGACUCAUGUGAAAUCAUAACAGAGGCAUUGAGGAGGAUGAAAUGAAAGAAAACUUGCAAAGCUCAUUCUGUUUCAUUCUUACACAGAAAACUCACAUAUAUACUCUCAAUGAACACAGGGUCUUGUAUAUAUAUUUGCAAUUUCUUUGUAGCACUGGUAUUUUUUAGUUAUGGUGUCCAUUUUUUGUUUUAUUUUUUACCAUCCAAACUUUUUUAGAUCUAAUUGUAAAAUGAUGUAGACAUGCAAAGAGUAAAGACUGAGCUGUUGUACUUUUCUCUUGAUUUGAAACAAUACUUAUUUUCUAAAUCAUAAUAUGAUUUGUGGCUUUGUAAUGUUUUCUUUGAGAGAGCAACUUUUGUUUACAAAAUUAUUUUAUGUUUUUGUUUCGGUCAGUUGAUGAGAUCUAAGAGCUACUUUGAAGAAAAUCUCCAUUAUGCAAAUUAUCCUGAGGCCUGAACGUGCUUCUCCUUCCUGAAUGAACAGCCAGGCAGAGAACACUGAAGAAAAAUAGAUUUCAUCAUGACACUCUAGUAUCUCUCUCUCCUCUCUCUCUCUCUCUCUCUCUCUCUCUCUCUCUCUCUCUCUCUCUCUAGAUAUUGAAACUUUAUAUUAAAAAGAAGAGGGGAAAAACAGCUUUGAUGUUAAGCUUGAUAGUAAGAAUUUUCAACAUUAAUUAACUGUAUAUUAUUUUAAAAGACAAAUAUAUUUUUGUAACAAAGAAUUAGCUUGGAAAGACAUAAUUUAGUCGCAUUUCAUUCAUAAUAGAAUAGAGACAUCAAAGAGAUGAAUUGGGCUCAUCUAUUAAUGUCCUUUAAGAGAAAACUAUGACAAUAGUAUUUUUAAAAUGACUCAAAUGGAUGAUCAGGGGUAAAUUAAUAUAUUAACUUUUAUCUUCCCCACAACUAUGGUGUCAUUCCGGAGUGUGUGUAUAUAUACAGACACACACACACACACACACACACACACACACACACACACACACACACACACACACACACACACACACACACACACACAUUUCAGAAUGGAAAAUUGCUAAUAAUCAAAUGUAUAUCUCUAAUCAAAAAUAUUAUUAUUUUCUUCACUGUACAUUAAAACAAGUUAACCUCCACUGUAGUGCCUCCUGUUCCACAUCUAAAGGCCACCUACGGGUUUAGAGUGGCACUGCAUCAGAACUGCAUUCUCUCACAUCCUGUUUGUAAGGUAUUGCCAUAACAUCAUUUCCUCUCUGCACCUCAUUAGUCUAAAGCUUUCCACGUCUUAUUGCUUAUUGUAGUGAUUGAAGACACUGUCCUUAGGCUUAAGAGCAGACCUAGGCCAAUAUUUUAACCCAAAUACUGGAUCAGUCCGUAAAUAGAGGCAGCUCUACAGCUUAAUGAAAAUAUACUAUGGGAAAAGCAAAUAUGAAGAUAGAUAGUCAGUCCAUCUCUUAUAUGCUGGACUGUCUAAGCAUUUAUUUAUGAAGAUGUCCUGUUGUGCACACUGCACAAGUUCUGAGAUGUGUAAAGCUCCAUCCCUGUCAAACCAGUUAUCCACAAUGUACUAAAGCCUCACUAUUAAUCUAAUUAAAGGCUUAACUCCAAGCUCUUAACGUAAAUGAAGUGAAACCAAAGCUGGCAAUUAGUGAUUGUUACAUUGAUUUUGCCUCGUCAGAUGCUCUGCCGAGUCCAAGAUAUCAUGGGUCACUGAACCAGGAACUAGUGCAGUUUUAGAGACAAACUUGGAUAUACAUAGGUCCCAGUAAAAAAGAAAGAAAACAAUGUGUAACAAUCUAUACAGAACAACAAUUGCACCAUCAGACCAUUUGUUGUUCACAGUGUUUUUUUUUUUUUGUCAGUAUGGUUUUUAAUAUGAACAACAGACAAUAUGCAAAAAUGUGUAACUUACAUAUGUGGUGAAAAAACAGGGUCUUGCCACAUUAUCAUAAAUUAUUUGAUGUUUGAAAUAUUUUCUGUUGAUGGCAAGCUUCUCUCAAAAUCAUUGACUGACCUGAGAGGCAACCAAGCAGAUUAUUUCUGUUCUAUUUUAUUAUUUUGAUUUUCAUAUUUUAUCAGUUUGUGUUUCUGUAUUUCAUUUUAUUGUGUAAAUAUAAAUUGCAAUUAUAAUAAAGUUGAAGACAAUCUAGCCACAUUAAUGAUAAAAAAAAAAAAACAGUUUGGAUUUUCCAAGCGAGUGGCAAAUUAUUUUAUGAAAAUUUCUGAUAUUACUGAUAAAAUAAGGAUAAUAAUAAUAAUAUUAAUAAUAAUAUAGCACAGAAUUUGUCUCUGGCACUUUCACCAAUCACAUACUAAAUAAUACGUUUCUGAUUACCGCCUGUUUUUGAUUUUUUUUUUCUCUUUUGAUCUGAACCUGCACUGUUC